AUGGAAACCUUUUUUAAGAGGCACUUCCAGCGGAAGGGCUCCCGGCGCGGCAGCAGCGCGGUGGCGGUGCCCACGGGCAAAGGCAGGCGGCGCUCCCAGGCGGGGCUGCCCUCGGCCUGGCUGGCGCGGCGCCGCAGCCCCCGCUUCGCUGUGCAGGCGCCAGCCCGCCACGCCGCGCACUCGACGGGCCCUCCCGCGCUCCUCCUCGGCCCCGCGAGGCAGCAGGGCGGUGGGGUGCCCUGUGCCGACAGCUCCAGAUCUGAGUCCCCAGAGGACAGCGGCGGCGGGGAGGCGAGCGCGGCCGCCGGAGGAAGGGCGUCGAGCCGGCGCGGGUGGCAGGCCGAGGAGGCCUGGCUCUCCAUGCUGCCCGUGCCGCGGCUCCUCCGCGCCAGGCCGCUGCUGAGGGGCCCGCGCUGCCUGCGCCGCAGAUCCUCCCAUCUGCUGCCCACCGAGUGCGUGUACGGCAGGGCCGCCUCCGGCCUGCAAGGGCGCUACCGCCGCCUCAGCCAGCAGCGGCGCCCCAGCGAGGGCCUGGGCGCCGCGGCACGGCGCGCCUCGGGCGGCCCGUGGCAGCCGCCCGCCUGGUGGAUGGCUGCAGCCGGAGCCGGGCACCCGCCGCUGGCCUUCGCCGAGUGCCUCGGAUCCGAGUCCGCCUGCUCUGCCGUGCCCGACAGCUGGAGCCCCCGGCUGCUAAAAGCUAUUGCCAAGUCCAGCCUCCAGCACAUGGUAGCCCAGCCUAACCCUGCACUAGCCCUGAGGAGCGAUUCAGAGAGGCAGAUACGCAGCACUGUGGACUGGAGCGAGACUGCAGUCUAUGGGGAGCACAUCUGGUUCGAGACCAAUGCCUCUGGGGAUUUCUGCUAUGUUGGGGAGCAGAACUGUAUGGCGAAGCUGCUGCAAAAGCCACUCUCCAGGCGUAAGUGUGCAGCCUGCAAGAUUAUAGUGCAUACACCCUGCAUAGAACAGCUAGAGAAAAUAAAUUUCCGCUGCAAACCUUCCUUCAGGGAGUCAGGAUCCCGGAACGUUCGGGAGCCUAUAGUUGUCCGGCAUCAUUGGGUGCACCGAAGACGGCAGGAAGGGAAAUGCCGGCAGUGUGGCAAGGGUUUCCAGCAGAAGUUUGCCUUCCACAGUAAAGAGAUUGUAGCUAUCAGCUGUUCCUGGUGCAAGCAAGCGUAUCACAGCAAAGUGUCAUGUUUCAUGCUGCAACACAUCGAAGAGCCCUGCUCACUAGGGGCUCAUGCUGCUGUUGUUGUUCCUCCCACCUGGAUUCUGCGGGUCCGACGGCCCCAGAAUCCACUGAAGUCUAGUAAGAAGAAGAAGAGGGCAUCAUUCAAACGGAAAUCCAGCAAAAAGGGGGCUGAGGAAGGAAGGUGGAAACCCUUUGUCAUCAAGCCUAUGCCAGCUCCUCUCAUGAAGCCCUUGCUGGUGUUUGUGAACCCAAAGAGCGGUGGUAAUCAGGGAGCCAAGAUCAUCCAAUCCUUCAUGUGGUAUCUCAACCCACGUCAAGUUUUUGACCUCAGCCAGGGCGGACCCAAGGAGGCGCUGGAGCUGUACCGGAAGGUCCACAAUCUACGGAUCCUGGCGUGCGGCGGGGAUGGCACAGUGGGCUGGAUACUCUCCAUUCUUGACCAGUUACGCCUCAACCCACCUCCUCCUGUGGCCAUCUUGCCUUUGGGUACAGGGAAUGACUUGGCCAGAACACUGAACUGGGGUGGGGGUUACACAGAUGAGCCUCUGUCCAAGAUCCUAUCGCACGUGGAAGAUGGGAACAUUGUGCAGCUCGAUCGCUGGAACCUCCAUGUGGAACCAAACCCUGAUGCAAACCCUGAGGAGAGGGAUGAGGCAGCCACAGAAAAG